AUGGUAGAUGCGGGUAUUCUAGAAAAAGUUGAGACGUCAAGAUGGGCAACCCCAAUCGUACCGGUUUUGAAAAAAGACGGUGGAAUUAGAAUCUGUGGUGACUUUAGUAUCUCAGUUAACCCGUCAUUAAUUGUGGAUGAGCACCCGUUACCUACGCUAGAAGAAUUAUUUGCAUCUAUGUCGGGCGGCACGAUAUUUUCAAAAAUCGACUUAAAGCAAGCGUAUUUGCAACUACAGGUUGAGGAAACCGAUAGAGAGAUUCUCACAUUAAGUACGCAUAAAGGAUUAUUUAAAUGUAAUAGAUUAAUGUACGGAGUAGCAUCUGCGCCUGCUAUUUGGCAACGAACUAUAGAAAACAUACUUUCCGGAAUACCCGGGGUGACAGUAUUUCUCGAUGACAUUAGAAUAGCGGGAAAAGAUUUAGAACAACAUUUGGAAAGACUAGAAUCAGUUUUGAAACGUUUAUCUGAACAUAAUAUACGUAUCAACAUCGAGAAGUGUGCUUUCCUUAAAGACGAGAUAUCAUGUUGUGGAUGUGAAGCCGCGUUUAAUAAAGUAAAAGUAGAAUUUGGAAGCGACAAAGUUUUAGUUGCUUUUAAUCCUAAGUUGCCACUAGUACUUGCAGUAGAUGCUAGCCCGUACGGUGUAGGAGCCGUUUUAUCUCAUAGAUAUCCCGAUGGUACAGAGCGCGUAAUUCAGUACGCAUCAAAUUCGCUAACAGAAACGCAAAAGAAAUACGCUCAGAUAGAUAAAGAAGCGUUUGCGAUAGUAUUUGAAAUUAAAAAAUUUCAUCAAUUCUUAUGUGGUAAUCGUUUCACUUUAUUAACAGACAAUAAACCACUUGUUCAAAUUUUAAAUCCUAAAAAAGGCCUUCCAGCAUAUAGUGCAUUACGUAUGCAGCACUACGCUAUUUUCUUGCAAGCCUUUAACUUUGAUAUUAAAUAUCGAAAGUCAAUUGAUCAUGGAAAUGCGGAUGGUUUUUCUCGAUUACCCAUAUUGGAAAAGAAUGAUAACAAUUACGACUCGAUUGAUGUUCUGCAAAUUGAAAAUUUAGAAACCUUGCCAGUAACGGUAAAAUGUAUUAAAAUGGAAACAGGCAAAGAUUUGUUUAUAAAUAAAAUUCGGCAAGCGUUAAUGAAAGGCCAAAGCCUCGUUCCGUUAGGACUUGACGAUGGUGAAUUCACAUUACAAGAUGAAAUCGUUUUUAAAAGAGAAAGAGUAGUGAUUCCUGAAAGUUUAAGAAACAAAGUGUUAAAAGAAUUACAUGCGGGUCAUUUUGGCACAGUAAGAAUGAAGCAAUUAAGUAGAAAUUUUUGUUGGUGGCCAAAAAUUGAUAAAGAUAUUGAGGAAAUAAUACAAAAUUGUAAAGCAUGCAUUAUGUUGAGUAACAAUCCAAAUUGUAAAGUGAAACACCAUUGGGAAGCGGCAUCAUUACCGUUUGAGCGUGUGCAUAUAGACUUCGCCGCAGAAGAAUUCCAGGAUUUUCUUAAAAACCAUGGUAUUAAUCAUAAGCGUACAGCGCCUUAUCAUCCAGCCACGAAUGGCUUGGCAGAACGUCUUGUUCAAACUUUAAAACAAACACUGCGUAAAUUAGAUGUUACAAAUGGCAAUAUUAAGACUAAUCUGCAAAAAUUUCUGUUCAAUUAUAGAUUAACUCCACAUCCGGAGUUAAAUAAAUCGCCUGCAGAAGCGAUGUAUGAUGAUGGUAGGAUCUGGAAGCGGCACAUUAAUCAAAUGAAAAAGAUAGGAAAUCAAAUCGUAAAUUAUACAAGCAACCUUAGUGAUAUGGAUCACAAUGGUCCAAUAGAAACUACGAAAGAUUUUGUUACUGCGGAAAAUAACGAGCAAACUAAACAUAUACCUUAG